GGCAGCGCGGGGGUGUUGUGGGAGCGAGCGUUGGGGAGGAGGAGGAGGAGGCGACGAGCUCGGGGCGGGCGGUGCUGCGGGCACCAUGGGGAACUGCCACACGGUGGGGCCCAACGAGGCGCUGGUGGUGUCAGGCGGCUGCUGCGGCUCCGACGUGAAGCAGUAUGUGUACGGAGGCUGGGCCUGGGCUUGGUGGUGCAUCACUGACACCCAAAGACUGUCUUUGGAGGUUAUGACCAUCCUCUGUCGCUGUGAGAAUAUUGAGACGUCGGAGGGGGUCCCACUGAUUUCCCUAGAGAUAAUGACGUUACAGCCCAGGUGUGAGGACGUAGAGACGGCGGAGGGGGUAGCUUUAACUGUCACAGGUGUGGCACAGGUGAAGAUAAUGACCGAGAAGGAACUCCUGGCUGUGGCCUGUGAGCAGUUCUUGGGGAAGAACGUGCAGGAAGUGAAGAAUGUGGUCCUUCAGACGCUGGAGGGACAUCUGCGCUCCAUUCUAGGUACCCUGACGGUGGAGCAGAUCUAUCAGGACAGGGAUCAGUUUGCCAAGCUGGUACGGGAGGUGGCAGCUCCUGACGUGGGUCGCAUGGGUAUCGAGAUCCUGAGCUUUACCAUCAAGGAUGUCUAUGAUAAAGUGGAUUACCUCAGCUCCCUGGGAAAGACUCAGACUGCGGCUGUCCGAAGAGAUGCAGACAUCGGUGUGGCAGAAGCCGAGCGAGAUGCUGGCAUUCGAGAGGCAGAGUGCAAGAAGGAAAUGCUGGAUGUCAAGUUCAUGGCAGAUACCAAAAUAGCAGAGUCCAAACGGGCUUUUGAAUUGCAGAAAGCUGCCUUCAGUGAGGAGGUCAACGUCAAGACUGCGGAGGCCCAGCUGGCCUACGAGCUCCAGAGCGCCCGGGAGCAGCAGAAGAUCCGCCAGGAGGAGAUUGAAAUCGAAGUGGUGCAGCGCAAGAAGCAGAUUGAAGUUGAAGAGAAAGAGGUCAUCCGGAUGGAGAAGGAGCUGAUCGCCACUGUGAAGCGGCCGGCCGAGGCUGAAGCCUACCGCAUCCAGCAGAUCGCCGAGGGCGAGAAGGUGAAGCAAGUCCUCCUUGCUCAGGCAGAGGCAGAAAAGAUCCGCAAGAUCGGAGAUGCAGAGGCCUUUGUGAUUGAGGCCAUCGGGAUGGCAGAAGCUGAGGGGAUGAAGCUGAAAGCUGAAGCACUCCAGAAAUAUGGAGAAGCUGCCCAGCUGGCUCUGGUGCUGGAUGCGCUGCCUGAGAUCGCUGCCAAAGUGGCUGCUCCCCUCUCCAAAGUGGAUGAGAUCGUUAUUCUCAGCGGAGAGAGUGGCAACACAACAUCUGAGGUGAACCGUCUGCUGGCCGAGAUCCCCGCUUCGGUGCGUGCCAUCACUGGUGUGGAUCUCACAAAGAUUCCCCUGAUCCAGAAAGUCACCGGGACCCAAGCGUGAGGCCGGCCAUCCCAAAGCUAGUGAAGAUCACUCCCUGUUAUGCACUCAGACAUCAACUGCCUUCAACACAUGGGAAUUCCUUUUAUAUCAAAGACAAUCAGAGUUUCAUUUUUAAGCUCUGGUGCCUUAUUUUGUAGGGCCAGAAAGAUGCAUGUCCAAUCAGCUGCUUUUUUUUUUAUUACAAAGGGUUGGAGGGGAUUUAUUUUGUACCUAACUGUAUUGUAUCAGCCUGGGGCUUGGAUCCUGUCCCCAGUUACAACUGGCAGCUUGUCUGGUGUUGCAAUCCUGGUGCCUUGCUGUUCUCUGUCCUUAGGCGUUCACCCAGAGCUGGGAGCAAUGGCUUAGUGGGAUCCAGAGCAUCGGCGUAGGGAGAGAUAGGAAGAGAGCAGACAGUUCCCACCUCCGCUGGGCUCCCACAGCGACCCUCCCGGGCGCUACCCAAGCCCUGCCUCUGCCCAGGAGCUCUUUUUGUGGCUGGAUUUCCCCCUCGGAGCCUCCCACCUGCAGUGUUUCGAGUCCUGUCCCAGGUGGGCUUCCUGGAGGUGGCUGUGUUCCCCCCAGGAGGGUGACAAUCAGGCACUGCCGGUGAGUGCCACCCCACUGCCAUGCUGCCUUCCCUCCAGGAGGUUUCCUUUGGGAUCUGGAGGUGGGAGAGCUCAGGGGUGAAGGGAGCUCAACUCAGGCUUGGCAAGGUCCCACCACCAGGAAUGCCAGAGCCACCCAGUCCUCCCAGAGAGAGGCGAAACCGCCGAGGCUGCUGUCCCCAAAUGCUGUGGUACAUCUUGAGCCCCACAACUACUGAAGCUGCAGGUCAGAGGGACGUGGGGGACCGGGCAGGGCGCUGCGCUGGGGACAGGCUUCUCCAGCCCCACGGCCCGUACAGCUGCCCGGGGACUGGGGUUCCUGUGGCUGCUGCCGUGGGGCUGUGACCCACAGCUGUGCCCCCGGGGAGGCGCAGAAGCCGCUGCCGCUCAGUCCUCUUGUUUCUUACGGCCAGUGGCUUUGCCACCCUGAGUGACAAUGUGAAAGAGUCUGUCCCUGUGUGUCUCAUACUGUGCCACCAGCACCCACGCUGGCCCGUGCCCUUUUCCCGCCUGCCUUGUCACCUGUAGCAGCCAAACCCACGCGUGAGGUCAGCCUGGCGCUGCUGUGGGGUGACCUGCCCAGACCUGUGGGGCGCUGGGGGUCCCUCCGCUCACUCCCUCGCCCACAGCUGGAUGUCACCCCUCCACUGCCAGGGGGUGGCGGCUGAGUGCAGGGACCCACGUCCCCCUCUGCCCUCCUGGGUCCCUGUUGGUCUCUGCCAGGAGUGACCCGCUGUGGGGCGGAUAGGUGCUGUGGGGCCGGCAGCGCCCUGUCCCCCUCCCUGCCACCAAGGGGGGAGCACCCAGUUAUCAGCCCCCGGCUUGUGCUCGUGCCCGAGGGCCGCCAGCACUGAUCUGGCGCUUGCCGGCGGGCGUGCCGGGCGAGGCGCCCUAUCUGCAUGUGCGUGUGCAUGGCUGUGUCCCUGCCACCAUCACUGCUGUACGAUAAUAAAGCCUUGUCACCGCCUGCCUUG